UAGAGCGCACGUACUUUAUCCUUAAAACUUUUCGGUAAAUACAUUUACGAUAAAGUGAAAAUAUUGUAUGAAAAAAUAAUAUAUGGCAGUUAGUGUGAUGUGAACCUUUGGAUUGAAUAUUCAAUGCCCGUACUUCACGCAUCAGCAAUGUGGUCCAGAAAGCAGUCGGUUUGCAGCGCCGUGAGCGGCGUGUCCAGGGGGGAGGAGUGUAUGGGGGAACUCUAUCCUUUCGCUAUUGCUUUAAGGGUGCGGGUGUUACAGAUUGUGUGCGGUAUAGGAGGUCUGGUAGUCGGUGCUGUCGGCUGGCUAGAAGAGAAGCAGAGACCAGUUCUGGGGCUCGGUGUACCUGCUGGUGCAAUUACGGUGCUUGCUGCUGCACUAUCAGUGUACUACAGCCGAGGCUUCGGAGGUUGGGUGUCUGCUCGCACUCAAACAUCAAGAUCCUGGGGAUCGCCCUGGAGGGUCCUGGGUCCUUCACCAUGCGCUGCAAUUCCCUUGACAAUACUCUGGAUAGCUGCUAUAGGCGCUCAUGUUGCCAUGUUCACGUUUUGUAUACGAUCGCUGCUGAAUCUUGGAUGCGGCACAAGAACAUGUAUCGGUGUAGCAGUAGCCCAGUUGACAUUCUCCAUAACAACGUUGGCCACAGCAGUCUACAUGGUGCACCUGGAUCUGAGGUUCGACGCUGCGUUGUCCCCACCACGACAAAAUGAUGGACAGACUUGUACUGCUGUGUCUAUGGUUCCUCUAACGUCGAUAGCUAUAAACAGUGGGAACAGUGGGGAAGGCGCGCCUGACACCAGUCCCCUCAACAAGGAGAAAGAGCCACAGCCGCCAGAACCGCCUACUUGAUGCAGAAAUACCGCUUAAGUGUAGAAAAGUGUACAGAAAAUGUGUAAUUUUUAUCUCCAUAAGACAGCUUUUUAUAAUCAAUGUAAACUCGUUUAAGAUGAAAAAGAAUUGAGAUCGGAAAGACUUGUAUCGAAAAUGAGAAAAGUUUACUGUGAAUCUGAUGGAAUAUGUUAAAGGUCAGUUAUUUUUUUAUAAGGAUAUAGCUUCAGAAUACAUGUGUUGUAUAAAGAAACAACUUUUAAUUGGUGUGAAAUUUUAACUUGUAAAAUUUCUUAUAUAUUUUUAUCUAUAGAAAGCAAAAGUUUUUUAGCCAAUAUAAAUAAGGCAAGCUUCCUCAUAAUAAGGGAUAUCUUUACCAAAGUUAUUUUAAGAUGUUUUAUUGUAUUAAUUAUUACACAAUUUGGUCUUUGAUGAACUUAUGAAAAUAUUUUGAUACGUGUUUUUAAUUCUGAUGUAACUAGGUAGUUACCUAUAACAAAUUUUUACAGAAUAUAAUUUGUAUAACUUUUAAGAUCUUACCUUACAGAAAUAGACAAACUGUUCAUCUUAAUAAUAUUUCAUCAUUGUAUUCAAAGAUUUAAAAAACAGUUUUGUAUGUUGUAAAAUAAAUUGCUUAUUCCAUAAUUACCACUUAAUUUUACGAAAGUUCCUAAUGUAAAUAGAUAAUUGUAAAUACUUUAUGUGAAUGUAAAUAAAAUGUUAAAUUUCUCGCAAGCUUA